CAAGAAUCAGUUUAUGGUCCUAGCUACUAUUGUCCAAGAGGUGGAUUCCCGUGGUACACACAUCAUAAAUCAUGUGCGGAUGUGGCCCUUCGGUUGCACCAUCCCUUGCACCCAAUCCAUCCUCUCAUUCUCUUUGAUGAAAAGACACGUUAUCCUGAAGAAGAAGAAGAACAAAAACAAAAGACCAAAUGCCAACUCUGCAAUGAAUCUCGCUGGCAAUGCACUUAUCGCUUUUACUGCUGCGACUUCAACCUUCAUGCAACAUGUGCUUCCUUACCACCCACCAUCGAAUCUUCUCAAGUCCACCACCACCCAUUAACCCCCUUUUGGAAGUGGAUUACGUUCACUUGUGACCUUUGUGCCAAAGAAGUCAAGGGUAUACCUAAUCAUUGUGACCUAUGUGGUUUCUGGGUUCAUAAUACUUGUGCUUCUUUGCCGCGCAGACUCAAAGUUAAACGUCACGAGCACCUCCUCCACCUCACCCAUUCUUAUCUUGAAGUUGAACUCCAUCAAUCCGACUCUCGAUUUUGUCUGAUCUGUGCUCAAAAAGUGAAAACAAACUAUGGGUUUUACUUUUGCUCCAGAUGCGAUUUCGUUGCUCACAUCGAUUGUGCUACGAACUACAGAUAUAUGGAGUACAUGAACUUGCAGGAACUUAAAGAGUUGGAGGAUGAAGAUAAAGAGCUCGAUCAAUCUGUUGAUUCAGCAGCUUACGAAGUCAAAAAUAUCAAAGUGAGGGAGGACAGAACUGAAAUAGCCAUAGAAAUCAAACAUUUUAGUCAUGAGCAUGACUUAAAGCUUUCGGAUGAUGAGGUUCUGAUUAAUGAAAAAUGCAACGGGUGCGUGCAAGCUAUUUUCCCUCCUUUUUAUAGUUGUGUAAAUUGUAGUUUCUUUCUACAUGAAUCUUGUGCUAAAUUACCUAGAAAAAAACGACACUUGCUUCAUCAACAUCCACUCACCCUCUUCCCAAAGUCACCUUAUCGGAGCGAUAAGAUAUUUUGGUGUCAUGCCUGUAAACGUUAUUGCAAUGGCUUCAUCUCUCGGUGUGAGACAUGCUUCUUGAUAUUUCAUGUAGUUUAAUCUCAGACAUCCUUACCCACCCUGGUCAUGAGCAUCGACUUCUUCUCUCAAGCAUAGAAUCUGAACAUAAUUGCAGUUGUUGUGAUUCUAAAACUUACCCAAUAUUCCGUUGUACCACUUGUGAAUUUGCUUUGGACAUAAAAUGCG